AUGUUUACACCAAUUUCAUUAUAUCGAUCAACUGUGAGAACUCCAUUUAUCAUACCAACCAUAAACUCACGUAGUCUAUCAGGAAUAACCAAGUUUGAUACAAGAAAAUUUGUUCAAACAUUGCAAGAUAAAGGUGGAUUUUCUGAAAAGCAAGCAGAAGUAGCUGUGAAUGUGGUUAAUGCUGCUAUAAAUGAUGGGAUAUAUUCUAUUACUAAUAAUCUUGUUAAAAAAGAAUCAUUAUCAUCAAUAGCUUAUCAACAAAAAGUCAAUUUUGCUAAAUUAAAAGGUGAAUUACAAACUAUGGAUAAAUCAGAAUUCACUAGUUUGAAAAAAGAACAAGAAAAACUACGUACUGAUUUAACAAAUUUGAAAAAUCGUUUAAAAGAAGAAAUCACCAAGAAUCAAGCAAGUGUUAGAUUAGAUUUGAAUUUAGAAAAGGGAAGAAUUAGAGAAGAAAGUUCUCAACAUGAAUUAAGAAUAGAAGAUACUUAUAGUAGAAUAGAUGAAGAAGUUUCUAAUAUGAAAAUGCAAAUUAAAACUGUGAAAACUCAAGUGUUACAAUGGUUAAUGGGGGUAAGUACUGGUACUUUGGCUUUAUUAUUGACAUUUGUCAGAUUUUACUUUUAA